AUGAUCAGCGACUCGGAGGAUCGACAAUCCCAGGCAUUCUCCCCGGUGAGUCAACCACCGGCACCAUCUUCACCGGCACCAAGCCAGUUCUCGGAGGGCAAGGACUACAUCACGGACGAGGACCUGAUGAUGAUGGGCCCACCACCAGUAUGCCAUCAUGGAGCGCCACGAGCAAUGCCCCUACUUUGCAUGGACCCUGUUCCAACCGCUCUGGUUGCAGGAGGAGAUCAAUGCCUCCCCAGCGGGAGUCUGGAAGCCACCACCAGCGGCGAAGAGCACAUCGGCACCAAGCACUCCCGGGAGUAUGUCAACGGCAAGUUCCACGUCGAGGGGGCCGGUAUGCCAUCAUGCUCGGACCCGGAAGAGCGGAUCCAAUGGACAUCAACGUCGAGUGACAUGUUGCGAUUGCGGAACGAUCCUGGAGUACGAGAACCUGGAGAAGUCAGAGAGCAGCGAGUCAGAGACGAAGCAAAAGAAGAAGACCGGCAAGAAGAUGACGUCCAAGGAGCUGGAGGAGUUCGAGGAGUUCCAGGAGUUCAGACGUUGGCAGAAGGACCGGAGUUCAGGGUCCGAUCAGGGGAAACGUUAGGCUUGACCGAGCAAGAGAUUCGGUUGGCGGCAAAAAUAAUGAGACUGGUGAUGUCAUAUGGUGGCUGUUUUGUGUUCGAAAACCCCCUGACGGCACGGACGUGGUUAGAGACCGAAGUGCAGCAGCUCAUGGACUUGGAUGAGGUCAUUUUGGUCGCAGCCGAUCAAUGUCGCUUCGACCUACGAUCUCUGGAUGGAAACCUGCACAAGAAGCCGACUGGCUUCCUGACCAACUCACCGGCGAUCGCCGAACAACUGUCUAGGAGAUGUGAUGGAAGCCAUGAACAUGAGCAGAUCCUGGGCAACAACCAUGGAGGCAGUCGAGCUCGACAAGCCCAGGAAUACCCUCCAAAGUUGGUCGAUGCCAUUUUACGUGGAUACAAGAAUGAGAUCAAGCAAGAGAAGGAAGUACAUGUGACUGGAGUUGCUGGACUUUACCAAGAAUGGCAUCAACGUCAGUGUCGACAACCGACUCUGGAGGAGAUUAUCCCCUGUCAGACCAUCAAGGAGAUCUAUGCCAACAACGAUGAGCAGGUGCUUGAGAAUGAGGACACGGUGGAGGAGCCUGUUCUACCUGGACCUGAUUCAGAACCCGGACGCUCUCAAGAAUGCCCUCCACCUCAAGAACCAGGACUAGCUGUUCUACCUCCUCAUGAUCCAGUUGCACUUCCUGAUGCAGAAUCUGGCGGCCGACUCCCUCGAGAACGACCCUUUUCGACAGAGCAACUGGUUCGUCGUGCCCAUGAAGGACUUGGACAUCCUGGCAACGAUCGGUUGGCCAGGAUCCUGAAAAAUGCAAAGGCUUCGAAUGAAGCCAUCCAGAUUGCGAAGAAUCUGAAGUGCUCCGUGUGCCAGCAACAUGGAGCAGUUCAUCCAGCCCGUCGAGGAGCACCUCCUAGACAACUACAUGUGAAUGAGAUAGUGGGUGUGGACACCGUUUACAUCCCCACGAUCGACGGCAAGAAAAGAAUGGCUCUCAACAUUGUGGACUGGUCAUCUCGCUUCCAGCUCAUCAUACCACUUCGGCGACAUACACCUGGAGAAGCUCGAAAGGCAUACUCCCAGUGGAUCAAGUUCUUUGGACCACCGACUCGAGUCUACGUGGACUUGGGAAGAGAAUUUCUGGGCGCCUUUGAGCUGGGAGCUGAACAUGAUGCCACUGUUUUUGAACCUAGCUCCCUGGAAAUGCCCUCUCAACGGGGGAUUACCGAAAGAGCUGGCAAGAACUUCAAGGAGGUCUUCAGCCGAACCCUGAUGCAGUACACUUGCCAGACCGAAGAGGAAUGGGAGCUGCUUUUGGACAUCGCGAAUAUGACGUGCAAUCGACUGAUCAACAAAUCGGGUUUUAGCCCCAUUCAGCGAGUCCUUGGGUACAGUCCACGUGUUCCAGGUGGUAUUCUUACAGGAGGUUACAACGAUUUUUCAACUCGAAGUCUUCGAGGCGGUGACCUUCAGCUGCAAAAGGCACAUGAGAUGAGAUUGGCCGCUGCCAGGGCUUUUCAUGAAGCGGACUGCCAACAAGCUGUCAAAAACACCCUACAUGCCGGACCCCGUCGACUACACGAUUAUGAAGUUGGACAGACAGUCUACUUCUGGAGAAAGGGGAUGGAAGGAGCAAAAAGGGAUAGCCCUGAGUAUUGGAGGGGACCAGCUAGAGUCGUUUUGACCUCGCCUCCUAGCACAGUGUGGCUGAACUAUAGAGGUUACAUUGUCAAGGCAGCACCAGAACAGCUGAGAUUGGCAAGCGAAGAGGAACAAUUCACCUUGACCAAGUGGAUCGAUGAUAUUGCCCAAACACGACAAGAGAUCGAACAACAACCUCGUGUGGGCUACAUCGACCUCACCAAGGAGACCUUCCCAGAGCUCAAGGAUGAGGAUGAGAACACGACGGAGAAGGCCGAAGAUACCGAGAGACAACCACAAUACCGACUGAUUGGCAAAAGAGAUCACCGGGAAAUCAUCUUUAAAGGGGAAAACCUACAGGAUGAAUGGUAUGUAGAUGAGGAACUACAACUCCUGGUCCGUUUCCAUCAUCAACCACGAGAUUGGCUUUUCUCACCGGAUGAGGCAUCUGCCGAUUGUCCUAUUGAACAAGAGUAUGUGAGUCAUCAGAGGAGGACAUUUGGACGGUAUGUCAAUACAGGCAAGACGUUUCAGGUCAAUGACAACUGGUAUGAGAACAUCGAGUUGGAAACAAUGACAUCUUGGACCGGAAGAACAGAGUUCGAUAUCGUCCGGGAAAAACCAAUACAUGCACGAGAUCCUGCCGGAGAAGAACCGACCUUGAAGAAGCCACGAAAGAGUUCAGGAGAGCAGAAUGAAGAAAUUCCUUCCCCGAGCAUCCCUGAUGAGGAGAAUGAGUACGAGCCUGAGGAACCACUUGACGAUCUACCUCGAGGAGAAGUACGACAGCGGGAGAAUGAGGAGCUCUAUGACCCUGUGGACGACGAGAAGCUCUCGACUGGAGAACCGGAAGCGAAAAGACUGAGAACCCAAUUUUUGGAGCUCUACAUGACCAGCGUCGAGAAGAUGUUGCAGGCGAAGAUGAAGAAGGAGGUCCAGUACAACCAGAUUCCAGACCACCAGAAACAACAAUUUCUGGCUGCGAUCAAAAAGGAGAUUCAGAACAACCUGGAGACCAAUGCCUAUGAGGUACUGGACCCCGUCACGUCUGAAGAGAUCAGACGAACAGCCAAUGACAAGAUUGUGAAGUCUCGAUUUGUCCUCACUGAGAAGCCUAUAGAACGAGAGGAUGUAGAGAAGGCCAAGAAGGAUGGAAUUCUCUUAGAAGACAAGGGCGAUGACAGUCUGAAGGCCAAGGCAAGACAUGUGAUGAAGGGAUUCAGUGAAACCAAUGCAGAAGAACUGGAAACAACCACCCCACAGUGUGCCAGGGACACGGUUCUAUGCGCCCUUCAGUUGCUUUGUAGCCACCAAUGGAUACCAGGCUACUUGGACUUCACCCAGGCCUUUCACAGCGGUGAUAACAUUUCCCGGGAGGUGUACGCAUCACAGCCCAGUGAAUGUGGACUUCCCGGAUACCAUCCUCGACAACUUCUCAAAUUGAAGAAGACCUGCUAUGGCCUUUUAGAUGGACCCUAUGCAUGGUACCAACAUCUUCUGAAGGUGCUCACCAAAACGUUGGGAUACCGACAAAGCGCAGGAGAUCCAUGCCUAUUCUACUUGACCGUCGAUGACGAGGCCAAGACGUUGAAAGGUGUGAUCAGUGUAGCAACGGAUGAUCUUCUACAUGGUGGAGAUGAUGAUCACUGGAAGAAGAUGCAGUGGCUCAAUGAGAACUACAAGCUUGGAAAAUUUACUCAAGGUGAUGGACGUUUUGUCGGCAAAGAAAUUCACUGCCGACCUGAUGGCAGUUUUCUGGUCAAUCAACCACUGUUUGCGAAGAAGAUCCAGCCGAUUCUUCUGACCAAGACCAGAAAACAGGAAAAAUAUGCCUACUGUACCGACCAAGAAAUCAGUCAACUUAGAGGGCUACUUGGAAGCCUAUCUUGGCUUGCAAAGGAAACAAGACCGGACUUGUCCGGACGGGUUGCACUUCUUCAACAAGCAAUGCCCAAGCCCUAUGUGCAGGACAUCAUCGAGGCCAAUGUCUUAGCAAAGGAAGCUGUGAAGUUCGCCGAGAUCGGCAUCACAAUCCAGCCCAUACCAAUUCAACACCUCCGUGUUGGAACAGUGUCGGAUGCCUCAUGGGGAAAUACCAGCCCAGAGAAGGAAGAAACCGAUCCGAAUCAACGUGAAGAUUACUGGGAAGAGAAGCAGGACUGUUGGAUCCGACAUCAUGUACGACCACGUCGACUUCUUUUCCAUCCUGCAGGAGAUCCUGGUGGACCCAACUGCUAUCACCUAACCUCUGAGCGGAUGACCAUUGCUGAUGGCCAAGAACAUAGAGAUGAGUGGAACCAACGAAGGAGCACCUGUACCUAUGGAGACGAACCUUGGUGUGGACAGACUGUCUUCUACAAGUCAGAAACUGGCAAACAAGGUAAGACAAAGCUCAAUGAGAAGUUCUUACAACAAGGACGACUUGCAAGUCAGGGCGGCUUCAUGACCUUCUUCUAUGAUAGCCGUAUGGAGACAGAGGAGAGAUCCUUUCCCAUCACCAUCGUCAACUGGAGGAGCUUUCGGAUAAAGAGGUGUACAGUAAACACCUUAUCUGCGGAAUGUCAGGCGAUGCUACAAGGUGUUGGUGCUCUACACUGGCUUCGAUUUCUUGUUCGCGAAGCUCAAGGACGACCGUUGGAUUUGGGCAACUGGGAAGAGGAGGUUAGCCAACUUCCGUGUAUAGCAGUGACGGAUAGCAAAUCCCUCUACGACACAAUUCAGAAGUGCUGCAACACCGCAGCGCACAUCGAAGACAAGCGACGGCCAUCGACGUGA